GACAGGCGCCUUCUCCGGGCUCCAGGGUGGACACCGGCUCGGGGACCGCGACGCGUCCUAGCUCCUCCGCCUGCCCAGAAGCCGAGCCGAAGCGGUGGGGUGCGGAGACCGGGAACAGCCCCUGAGGGCGGCGGUUAGACGCGGACGGCGCGGGGAGGCAGAGGGCAGGUGGAGGGGUGUUAGGGUGCAGAGGGGACAUGUUGACAGGACUCCGUACCCCAACACGGGCUCUUCCAGAAGCCCCACUUGCUCGCAGACUUCGAUGAUACCGUGUACUCUCCUUCUAAGACGGCGGUGGAGGUGCAGCCCCCGCCCUUGCGAGCAGAGUCCCAGACAGCACCCGCGUUAGAUCUGAGACACGGCUUCUCUCCGGCAGGUAAUGAAAGUCUCAGAGCUGACCCCAGAAGAGGAGAUAACUGGACCACAUGUGAACAUCCAGCCCCCUCUCCUAUGAUCGCAGUUAAUCUUCCUUGGUGACGUUGCAGCUCCCUCUUCCGUGUCCCAGCGAGAGGCAUUAUGAGCUUCUUGGACGAUGCUGCCGCAAAUGUGAACCAGGAAAGUACAUGUCUUCUAAAUGCACUACUACCUCAGACAGUAUAUGUCUGCCCUGUGGCCCUGAUGAAUACUUGGAUGCCUGGAACGAAGAAGACAAAUGCUUGCUGCAUAAAGUUUGUGAUAUGGGCAAGGCCCUAGUGGCGGUGGAGCCAGGCAACCGCACGGCCCCGCGACGUUGCGCCUGCACGGCCGGCUACCACUGGAGCCAGGACUGCGAGUGCUGCCGCCGCAACGCCGAGUGCGCGCCGGGCCUGGGCGCCCAGCACCCGUUGCAGCUCAACCAGGACACCGUGUGCAAGCCUUGCCCUGUAGGCUACUUCUCAAAUGCCUUUUCUUCCACGGACAAAUGCAAACCCUGGACCAACUGUACCAUCUUUGGAAAGACGGUAGAACAUCCCGGGACGGAGAAAUCAGAUGUGGUUUGCAGUUCUUCUCUGCCAUCUAUAAAGCCACCAAAUGAACCCCAGAUUGACUUGCCCAGCUUAAUCAUCCUGCUUCUCUUUGUGUGCGUGGCAAUAGUGGCUGCUGUCGUCUUUGGUGUUUACUAUAGGAAAAAAGGGAAAACACUAACAGCUAAUUUGUGGCACUGGAUCAACGAGGCUUGUGGUCACCUAAGUGGAAAUAAGCAGGAGUCCUCAGGUGACAGCACUAGUCAGCGUGAGGUGUGUGAAGCUGUCUUGCUGCUGACUCUGGAGGAGAAGAGGUUUCCAGAAGAUACGUGCUAUCCAGACGGUGGCAUCUGUGGGGGAGCAGGUGCAGGAGGCGGUCCCUAUGCACAGGGUGAAGAUGCCGGGAUGCUUUCCUUGGUCAGCGAGACCAAGACUGAGGGGGACCCCUUCAGGCAGAUUCCCAUGGAAGAUGAAUACAUGGACAGGCCCACCCAGGCCCCAGACUGUUUACUGUUACUCACUCAGCCUGGAAGCAAAUGCACACCCCCUUUCUCUGAGCCCCUGGAGGUGGGGGAAAAUGACAGUUUAAGCCAGUGCUUCACAGGGACAGACAGCACGGUGGAUUCAGAAAGCUGCAACUUCACUGAGCCCUUGUGCAGGACUGAAUGGAUUCCUGUAUCCCCUGAAAAGUACUUGCAAAAAGAGGUGGAGGGUAGCAACUGCCCCCACUGGGCAGCCAGAUCCAACUUGGCGGAUGGCUGCACAGGCUCUGGGAGCCCUCCUGGGGAGGACCGUGAACCCGUCACGGAUUCCCUGAAACAUGGACCCUUGCCCCAGUAUGCCUAUGGCAUGGGCCUUCCCCCUGAAGAAGCAGCCAGUGGGACAGAGAGGGAAGACCAGCCUGAGGACGGGGCUGAUGGGAGACUUCCAGGCUUGGCAAGGGGAGGCGCUGGGUCUGGAGGUUCCCCUAGUGACCAGCCACCUGCAUCUGGAAAUGUGACUGGAAACAGUAACUCCACGUUCAUUUCCAGCGGGCAAGUCAUGAACUUCAAGGGCGACAUCAUCGUGGUCUACGUCAGCCAGACGUCGCAGGAGGGCGCGGCGGGCGCGGGGGGCGCGGGGCCCGCGGAGCCGGUGGGCCGCCCGGUGCAGGAGGAGACCCUGGCGCGCCGCGACUCCUUCGCGGGCAAUGGCCCGCGCUUCCCGGACACGUGCGCGGGCCCCGCCGGCCUGCAGGAGCCGGAGCCCGACAAGGCGUCGCGGCCGGUGCAGGAGCAGGGCGGCGCCGAGGCCUGAGGAGGUCCCAGCCCCACGCGCCCGCCGCCAGCGAGUCCCCGCGGCCCCGCCGCUCCCCCGGACGCGCGGGGCGCACCUGCCCCCGCAGCAACCGCUGCCCCGGAGCCGGCCCGCAGCCUCGCCUGGCCCGCCGGGUCCCCUCCCUCCUGACACUCGCAAGGAUCGGUACAUUCAUGCAAAAUGCCCUGGCGUUCCCUAUCCACCUUGCUCUUCAGGGAGACAGUGGCAGUUCCAAAAGGAAAUACAUCAGGAAAUUUAUUGCGUUCUCCACGGCCCCUUACCCAGUAACCACUCAGGUGCGCGUUGCUCCCUCUGGCCGCCCACUCUGGACUUUUCUUUUUGGCUUUUUCCCUCUCGUCCCCAACAGUAAUAUGUACCUUAUGACAUCUGUUUUUAGGACUGUCCUGUCCGAUUGAGGCCUUUGUUCCCUGUAUUUGUAUUUCACUUUCUUUCAUACCAUUUUUUGAUAUUUCACCUCGUACUUAAAAACUAAGAGUUUUCCUGAAGAUUCUCCUUUACAUAUUUUCUUUUGUGCUCUCUUCAAGGGUUAUUUUGGAGAUGACUUUCCGGGAGUGUCUGUACUAACCACUUUGGGGAAAAGGCUAGAGAUAUGAAGCUGGAUCGAGGUGCUGGGAACAAAUGAGGGGCUUUUAUUUUCUGAAAAAUGUUCUGUGUUCUCCUUUUCCUAAGAGAAAGACAAAGGGAAAUCCCAUUGCUUCCCCUGAAUGUUGUUUGUGUCAAUUCUUGAGCAAAAUUUGAGUGUGUGACCUUGUCCGCAGUGGGCAUGUUUAUCCACUUAGCAGAGGCAAUCAGGUACUAGGUAACUAAAUCUCUAGAAAUCCAAGUUGCUGCCAUUGGUUUUCUUAUUCUUAAAUCUCUGGAAAGACUAAGGGAGUGGGACACAGAGCUAGCGUGUGCACAGAGUGAAAAGGAGGUGCCAAGGAAACUCAAAAAGAAAGGGUAGAGUUGAAAUUUUAAUUUGCAUUUUCUUUUUCUAGAUGCGAAUAGUGGUAAACACGUCCCCCUUUCUUCCUAAAUAAUGAGGCCUUGUAGAAGUGGAAGACAUUCCCACCAUUUCCCCAUGCAUUUAAAUUAAAAACCAAAUUCUCAGGCUGUGGCUAUAAGAAUACUUAUAUUAAAGGUGCUUUUCUGUUGCCCUCUUACGAGGAAACAGCAUAUGAGUCAGAUCGUAAGGUAUCACCUGGGUUCUUUCAUCAAUCGUGGCCAGUGAACAGUGGUUCUCAGACACCGGAGACAAGUUAAAACACGUAAGCAAAUUCAAAUUAACUUUGCACAUGUGGUAGGUUAUAAGCCCACCAAUGCCCAUCGUUGUCCACUUUAGUGGCUACAGAUGCCCAGCUGAAGAGAAUAACCAUCCAUCACUGGAUUCUCCCUCCUGGUUGCAGGACUCCUGGAAAUACUGGAGUGAGAGCAGUUGAUUACAGUUUGUUUUUUUUUUUUUUUUUGUAGAGACAGAGUCUCACUGUACCGCCCUCGGGUAGAGUGCCCUGGCGUCACACGGCUCACAGCAACCUCUAACUCUUGGGCUUACGCGAUUCUCUUGCCUCAGCCUCCCGAGCAGCUGGGACUACAGGCGCCCGCCACAACGCCCGGCUAUUUUUUUGUUGCAGUUUGGCCGGGGCUGGGUCCGAACCCGCCACCCUCGGCAUAUGGGGCUGGCGCCCUACUCACUGAGCCACAGGCGCCACAGUUUUUAAUAGCAAAGCAGAGGACAGCUGUGUUAUUUAUGAGAGGCCCUCCCCCUUAGCUGACAUAAAGAACUGCAGGAAAUAACUGCACUACCAGGUUGAUCCAGUGGUGGGAAUUUACUAUCUGUUCCACACAGAGAUACAAAAAUGGAAGAAACUAUUAUCCCUUUUGAUAUGAAAUAUAUAUAUAAAUAUAUAUAUAUAUAUUUUUUUUUUUUUUUGAGACAGAGCCUCAAGCUGUGGCCCUGGGUAGAGUGCUACGACAUCACUGCUCACAGCAACCUCCAACUCCUGGGCUUAAGUGAUUCUCUUGCCACAGCUUCCCAAGUGGGACCACAGGCACCUGCCACAACACCUGGCUUUUUUUGGUUGCAGCCGUCAUUGUUUGGCGGCCCAGGCUGGAUUCGAACCCACCAGCUCAGGUGUAUGUGGCUGGCGCCUUAGCCGCUUAUGCCACAGGCGCCCAGCCUUGGUAUGAAAUAUAUUAAACAGACAAAGUUAUAAUUCGCAAAGUGGAACAUUGAGCUAAAAACCCAACUUUCUGCUGUGACUAUCAUCUCACUGAGGCUAUUUCACACCGUGCUUUGCUUUCAUUUUCCCUUCCAUAAAAAGGCAGUAGUGAUAAUUUAUAAUAGUCUCCCUACCCAGAGAUAGCAAAAGGAUGCCACAGUGAAUAUGAGAGUACUUCAAGCUCCUUAAAUCAAAGGUGCUGUAUAAAUACAUAAGAAUCUACAUUUGGAAAAAGGUAAUAUGUAUUCUUCCCCACAAUAAUUCAUAACUAAUUCUGUAUUGAUCCAAAGACAACUAAGUGAUAGGAAAUGUAUCGCAAAUAUAAGUCUGUGUAUUAUAGAGAUGUUUGUGACAAAUGUAAAUGAAAUGAAGGCAAUAAGGAAAAUUAUUUGGGGGACAUGACAGAUUAAACUUGUAUUUGACCAUAA